CGCAGCCACCGCCUGCCACCCGUGACCGUAUAUGGGAAUGGCAAAGGGGGCGACGCAGCAAUAGGAAAGGGGCGGGUAGGGAGUUGGUGGGAGCCCCCUCCCUAACCGGCCUGGAUGGGCACGCUGCGGCCCCAGCUCCUCUAACCAGCGUCCUUGGCGGUUGCUGCAGCUUGGGGUGGGGGCGGGGCAGGGCCAGGGAAGGCCAGGCUUGGGUUUUGGGGGAACUUUGGGAAGGGUGUGUGUGGGUGGCCCUGCAGCUGCCCGGAGAACUUGGGGCUGUGCCUGGUUCCCCAGGGGCCCCUCCUGUUGCAACCUGGGAGCCCCACCCCCGGAGCCUAGGUGUUGCUGUCUGCAGCCACUGGCCGCUUGGCACCAGCACCUCGCGGUGAAGCUCUGAGGGAGCUGGCAUUGUGAAACCGCCUGGACGUCAUGGAACUGAACUUAACCUGUUGGCGGCUGGAGAAAAGUUGACAUGGCCUUCAAAGUGCACCCACACACCCCAGGGAAUUGAAGCUUGGUCAGGAGUAGAUUCCAUAGGGUGCUGGGUUGCCCCCCACCCUGACCCCAGUGGGCUGUUGGGCAGGGCAGGGCCACCCACCCUCAAGGCAAGGGCGCUUGACCCAAGAGCCUAGGGUGGGCGCUGCCCGGUGGCGGAGGGUGGCUGCUUCUGGGGACUCACCCUCGUGCGCACGGUUGCUUGUCACGCCGCAGCUGCUGCAGCUGGGUUCCUUGCCGGUGGCUGUGGUUCUCUGUUUCGGAGAGGGUAGAAGGGGGAAGGGCGAGGAGGGGAGGAGCAGCCGGGGCCCUUGGAGCUCGGCCACCCCGCUGCCUUCCAUCUCUCCUCCCCCUUUUAUUUUGCACUAUUUCCUGUGGCGCGUUUGGCGCUAAAACUGUAAACUGUAGACCCUCUGAGCUAGCCACCGGCCCGGCAGGGAAGUUGCCCUCCUGCAGUGCAGGGGGGCCCAGAGCCGGGAUCCUGCCCCAUUCCACCUGGGAGUUCACCACCCUGUAACCAUGUCAGCAGCUGAUGCCACGUUGCAUAAUGGGCCCCUGAAGAAUUAAAACACAGGCUGUUGCAAUGCCACGCAACUUCAGCGUCAGGCCCUGGCCCCCACCCUGGGGCAUGUCAGAACUCCCCAGGGGAACGGCAGGAGCAGCUGAUGGGAUAUCGGAAGAGAGGGCCGAAGCCCAAACCGCUGGUGGUGCAGGUGCCUACCUUUGCCCGUCGUUCCAAUGUCCUGACCGGACUCCAGGACUCCUCCACUGACAACCGUGCCAAGCUGGAUCUGGGCGCGCAGGGGAAGGGCCAGGGGCAUCAGUACGAGCUCAACAGCAAGAAGCACCACCAGUACCAGCCACACAGCAAGGAGCGGGCGGGCAAGCCCCCGCCGCCGGGCAAGAGCGGCAAGUACUACUACCAGCUCAACAGCAAGAAGCACCACCCCUACCAGCCCGACCCCAAAAUGUACGACCUGCAGUACCAGGGCGGCCACAAGGAGGCGCCCAGCCCCACCUGCCCGGACCUGGGGGCCAAGAGCCACCCGCCCGACAAGUGGGCGCAAGGCGCGGGGGCCAAGGGCUACCUGGGGGCGGUGAAGCCCCUGGCCGGUGCGGCGGGUGCUCCAGGCAAAGGCUCCGAGAAGGGCCCACCCAACGGAAUGAUGCCGGCCCCCAAAGAGGCUGUGACGGGCAACGGGAUCGGGGGCAAGAUGAAGAUAGUCAAGAACAAGAACAAGAACGGACGCAUCGUGAUCGUGAUGAGCAAAUACAUGGAGAACGGCAUGCAGGCAGUGAAGAUCAAGUCCGGCGAGGUGGCCGAGGGGGAGGCUCGCUCCCCCAGCCACAAGAAGCGGGCGGCCGAAGAGCGCCACCCGCCUGCCGACAGGACCUUUAAAAAGGCGGCAGGCGCAGAGGAGAAGAAGGUGGAGGCGCCGCCCAAGAGGAGGGAGGAGGAGGUGUCCGGGGUUAGCGAUCCGCAGCCCCAGGAUGCCGGCUCCCGCAAGCUGUCCCCGACCAAGGAGGCCUUUGGAGAGCAGCCCCUGCAGCUCACCACCAAGCCCGACCUGCUGGCCUGGGACCCGGCCCGGAGCACGCAUCCGCCCUCCCACCACCCGCACCCGCACCCCCAUCACCACCACCACCACCACCACCACCACCACACCGUCGGCCUGAACCUCUCCCACGUGCGCAAGCGCUGCCUCUCUGAGACCCACGGUGAGCGCGAGCCCUGCAAGAAGCGGCUGACUGCGCGCAGCAUCAGCACCCCCACCUGCCUGGGGGGCAGCCCAGCCGCCGAGCGCCCAACCGACCUGCCACCAACCGCCGCCCUCCCGCAGCCCGAGGUCAUCCUGCUGGACUCGGACCUGGAUGAGCCCAUAGACUUGCGCUGCGUCAAGACGCGCAGCGCGGCCGGGGAGCCGCCCAGCUCCCUCCAGGUGAAGCCCGAGACACCCGCGUCAGCGGCGGUGGCGGCCGUGGCGGUGGCAGCGGCGCCCACCACGGCGGCGGAGAAGCCUCCAGCCGAGGCCCAGGACGAACCUGCAGAGUCGCUGAGCGAGUUCAAGCCCUUCUUUGGGAAUAUAAUUAUCACCGACGUCACCGCGAACUGCCUCACCGUUACUUUCAAGGAGUACGUGACCGUGUAGCUGGAGGGCGUCGGAAGGGGAAGCGCCAUUCCCGCGGGGGGGCGGGGGGCUGAGCACCUGGGGCCUCGGGGCGGACUCCCCUCUCGCCAACCCGCCAACCUCGAGAGACCCGGGCUGGCCCCCAGGGUGAGGACGCCCGGAGCGGAGGUAACCAUGUUCUCCCUGCGGCGGCUGUCAGACUCGGGCAGAGGCCCGUUCCACGCGGUGCCGGCGGGGCUCGCCCUCUCCUGCGCUUCCCUGCUGGAGAUGGACCCCCGGAACUAACAGGGCAGCUCUGCGCCCGGCCUCAGAGUUCUAGUAUUAUAUUUUAACCGUGCUAACUUGUCAAGUGCUGACUCUACUCCCGUUUGUACGUGGUGUUAUUAUUGAAAUGUAUUGUUUGAGCUCAAAAGGCCCGACCACCCCUCUUGGGCUGCUAUAUAUAUAUUUAUUUGUAGGUAUUUAUAUAUUGAAAUAUAAAAACCUAGAUUUAUGGAGUUUCCUCUAGAUCAUGUUAUAUUCUAUAUCAAACAAACUAUUUUCUUUUGACCUUUUUUCCCUCCAUCCAGUAUUUCGGUUGACUUCAUUUUCUCCCCUCUUCCCGUUCCAGGAACUGCAAUACCAGUAACCUUGGUAUAUAUUUUUUGAUACUGUACACAUGGAUGUGUUGUUUCUAUGUGCAAAAAAAAAAAGUUUGUUAAAAGGCUACACGAGCUCUCUAGAAACUGCUGCUACUAGAAAUGUCUAAACUAUAAGCUUCCAACUAUUACCUGCUUGAAUGUAAAUAUUAAAUGGAGAUGUUGAAGGUGCA